AUGAAAUUGAAUGGAAUUUCAUUAUUUGAUCUUAUUCAUCCUGAAGAAAUAACUUUGGCUAAAAAAGAUCUUUGUCAAUUUAUAAAAUCAAAAUUAUUAGCAGGAUCAGUGACAAGAUGUCGACUCAGAGAUUAUGUAAACAAUUAUUAUUCAUGGAUCAUUGUGGAUAUCAUCAUGUAUGUAGCCACAGACGACUUGGCAUUAGCAUUCUUUCACCAAGAAAAAGACUCAAUAUGUGGAACGGCAUGUUCAACCACACAACGUGAUCGUCUAAUACAGGCAUUUGAAAAUCAUCCUCACCAUACACAAGAAAGAAUAUUUCACGUUCUGGACAAUCAAACACAAUCGGUCAUCAUGUCAUGGCCCGAUCACUAUCCCAACGAAAUGAGCCUAGAUGACCGUCCGGCUGUAUCACCAAGCAUUGUAUCCUGUUUCCGUUGUGUACAACAGCCUCCCAAGUUGACACCGAGUGGUUUAUGUCUUCAGAGUUUAUGCAUUGAUUAUGGUAGUCUAUCAUUCAUUAUCACCAAAAGAUCUACGCCCAAGAUACCCAAGUUUACUUUAAAGAAACCUUCAAAAUACAAUCAAAAAUCUAUGUCUGUUGAAGACUUGGUAACUGCUACUUAUAAAUGUCAAAGUUGCGGUACUCAAUCUAGCCCUGAAUGGAGAAGAGGACCCAGUGGACAUAAAACUUUAUGCAAUGCAUGUGGUCUAAGAUACUCUAGAUCCAUUGCUAGGCAAGAAAAGAUGGCCCAACAACAACAACAACAACAACAACAACAAGAGAAUGAUGUAUGCUCUCCUUUUUCAUUCCUUGAUAUGCCUCGGUUCAUUUUCUGUGCGUUGGAAGAAAGUAAUAGACUGUCUUUUUCAAUGGACGGUCUUGUUGAAUUGGCCAACAAGUCAUUUAAUCUCGUCCGAUGUUCACCAUUUUAUCAUUUCGAUAGUGAAUCCCAUUCAGCCAAAACGACCAGCUUAGCCAUUCAUCUAGCUUCUGGUCUUCAGCUAUCGAUCCAUGGUCGAAAAGCUAAAGAGAAUGCACGAGGUGAACUGAUCAAUCUUCGCUUUGACACCCUAUCUAUACCCGAACUUCAACUAAAUCCGAUCCGAGUCAAGAUCACCUUACGAUUAGCCAAUGACGCCAAAGACACUCAUCACCUAUUUAUUCUUAUUCCUGCCACCGUUGCAUCCACAGAAGAUGUAUUCACCUAUUUCCCAUUGAUGCUUUACCGAUCCAAGACGAUCAUUGCGACUGAAGUACUCGAAUGGUUUAAAAAGAGCUAUCAAUGCCAAUUUGAUGAUCUUUUGGUUCCUGCGCCCACUUUUCAUAGUAUCAUCCGGACAUGGGUCAGCACAUUGUUUGAGCUGGCGCCUUUGGAGGAUGAAGUUGUCAAAGUGCCCAUGCGAACUGUUCAACACUCACUUGAAUUGGAAUAUGUGACACAUCUGAAGGAGCUAUCGACGAUCCGAGUGAAACUAAAGACGCAGGAAGUGGUCAAGUUGUGUAAGAAAUUGAAAAAUCAGGAAGAUUUCAUUUUUGCCUUGCAGGAUCAUUUGUUUAGUAUCACAAAGAUAAAUAUGAGCGCAUUGACCUUGAAUGAACUGACGACGACCAAUUUGGGUAUACGUAGAGACGGAAAAUUCAAGAUGUUUGGCCACAUUUCAAGAACAGACGCUGUCAAGAUUAUUGAAGAAUUAAUUGAACUAGCAAGUACAAAAUAA